UGAAAAAUCAAAAUAAAAAAACUCUGGAUUUCUUUCUGUUUCGAAUGUGUUUGGUAAUUUCAUGGUUGCAGAGUCUCAUUUACGACUGUUCCCUUCCUUGGAUCUCUAACUUACAGCUUUCCCUCGUCACGUUUGAACAGAUUGCUUCUUUAGUCAGUCUUCUAUACGCAUACGACACCAACUAGAAAUUACAAAAGAAUACAUCUCCAAAUUACUCAACCAUCUCAAUGAUCUCAUUGUACAUUAAAUUAAUAAAAAAUUUGUCAACAAAUCCAGCUUUUGUUUUCAAUAUCUGAAGUGGGUACUAGAAACCAGAAAGUCAAUCGUAACAGCUCUUCUUCUUGUCCCUUUGGAUCCAUAAUCCCAAGCUCACAUGGAGGAGGUCUCUAAUUGAGCUGUGAUGGAGGAGACCAGUAUGGUUAGAAAGUUUCUGAGAAAUCAUAACUGCAACAUGCACAUCAGCCCAGAGCAGAAGAAAUGUAGUUGAUCAGAAGCUGUUAGUUCCAGGAAACAAUCUUAAUCAGAAAUUAUUGACACAAUCUCAAGAGCCAGACCCAUACUGGUGUUUUUCUGUAACCGGUCCCCCGAAGAACUCCAUUGGAAAGUCCAAGAACAUAAUAAUGCCUCAACACAAAGUGAGAUCAGUUGGUUACAGAUCAUUUUUCACUUGCAAUGAUCCAAGUGGAGUUGUGGAAUGUGGGACAAUCAAAAAAUCCAAGACUGGUACCCAAAGGGUGGAAAAUGAUAUUGAUUGCCAAAGAAGUAAGAAGGAACACUCAAAUCCAUCUUUGGCAUGUAAGGAAGAAAGGAAGGAGUUCAUCUCUAAAGGGAACACAGAAGAAUUACAUAACCUUCCUUCCUCUAAACUGUCAGAGGUCUCUAGAGGAACUCAGAAGAUAAACCAUAUGAUUGAUUCAUUGUCAAAGGGCUUGAGUUUUGAUGGGCCACCUAAAGACGUUGCAAGAGAUCUGUUGAAAGGUGCUCUGGAUCUGCAAGAGUCUUUAAUCAUGCUUGACAAGCUGCAAGAAGCUUCAAAAUACAUGGCUCAGUUGAAGAAAAAGCAGAAGCCAAGGUCAGAACAAGGAGAAGGAGAGGAGGUGGUUAUUGAUAGAGUUGAUUCAGGUCGAUUUGGAGAAAAAUACCACCGGAGAGGAUUGCAUAUGCGCCAUCUCUCUUUUGAUGAUUCUUCAAGGGAUUGCAGGGAGGAACUCAAGAAAAUUAUCAAAGACAGCCUUUCCAGGCAAAACCUUUUCCCUAUUUCCAAGGAAGAAAAGUCUUCCAACUCCGAGAGUGGAAGGGAAUUUGAUUCUACUGUUGAUAUUCCCUCGACAAGCUCCAGCCAAUCUUUGAUGGUUCACUCUAGAAGCUCAGUUUUUGAUGGUUCAACAGCCCAAGACAAAAAGGUAAAGUCCCCAAAUUUGAUUGCCAAGCUUAUGGGUCUGGAAGAACUCCCAUCAGAACAAAUCCAGCCUUCAAAGAAACAGGUUGAGAGUGACAAGAGCUCAAAUCAAUGGAGACCUAUAUAUGAUAUUGACAUGCCAAAUGUAAGGAAACCAAAUCUUGUGGACUCCAUUGGUGAUUCAGAGCAAAGGACACUGAGAGAAAUAAUUGAGGCCAUGCAAUUUAAAGGACUUUUGAAGAAUAGCCACAGUGUUUCCCAUCUUUCCAAUACUUCCUGUUCAAAACAGAGGUUGGAUGGUGAAAUUCCACCUAUUGUAAUCAUAAAACCCCUGAACUUUCCAUAUGAAAAAACAGAAGGGCCCUUGUUGGAAAGGUUUAAUCAGGAAGAGGGAGAUUUUGAUACUAAAGAAAUCAUCACAGAACUAGAGGUAAAAGAGGUGCAUCCACCUAAAAUCUUCCCCAGAAAAGAGGAAGCUCCAGAGCUUAAAGAGAUGCUUGGUAGACUGGAAGCAAAACAAGAGCCUCUGACUGAAAUGUUUAUGGGGGAAAAGGGAGCUUUGGACCCAAAACAGAUGCUAAGGGAAUUAGAAACAAAAGAGGUAGCUGCAACCAAAAGGAUUAUCCAGGAGGAAGGAGCUAAGGAUUCUAAAACAUCACCUAGUGAGACUCAGAAAGUAAAAGAAUUGAAGACUAAAAAACUCAGGGAACCAGAGGUCAAGGAAUUUAAGAAUAAGGAGAAGGCAUGUCCUAAUAAGAUGAAAUCUUCCGCUUCCUUGAAUCAUAGGCUGCCAAGAAACAAAAAAUCUGAGAAGACAAAAAUGGUGCCAUCUGACAGAAGAAAACCAGUAGAGAAAGACCAUGUGAAAUGUGUAGCUGGACCAAGAUCUCAGAACUGGGCAAAAUCAACCUCUGUAAAGUUGAUAAAGCCUGAAAGCGAGCUGGUCAUCACAAAAAACCAGUUUCCACUCCAACGAAGUACCAUUCGAGGUCCUAAGUCAAUACAUCCAACAAAACCUGUAUCACAAAAUUCUGCUGAUCGGAGGAAGAAAAGCCACACAAAGAAAGCAAUACCAGCCAGAGAGCCACUGCCAACUAGUUCAAUUAUGGAGAAUUUGCAAUGCAAAGAUUCUGUUUUGGCAACAACCAGGGUUUCUCUUGUGGAUCAAGUACCUGCAGGGGAAAGAAGAACAGUUUUUGAAAUUGAUAUUGAAGAUCAUUGCAGCAAGGACAAUUCUGUCUCUAAAACCACACCAUGUAUAACCCAACAUGAGAGAGGCAUCGGACAUGAAGGAGAAGCUACCCAACUCAUCAACCAUGAAACUAUAGGGAGGAAUACUAUUAGAACCAGCACUAUGAAGGCAUUACUUUUGAGUAGCCCAUCAUUCCUCAGUUGUGUUGCAGAUCUCUUUGAUGUGAAUGUUGACCAACCUACAGUUUCAAAAGAGCCCAGUGUACUUGAUGUUGGAAUGACAAAUGUGAGACUCUUCUUGGACUGUGCAAAUGAGAUCAUGGAAAGAAAAAGCCUGCAAACAUUACAACUAGGUCAUCCUUUAUUUGGGUUCAGGGAUUCAAGAAUCAUCAUAUCUCUAGACAAGGUAGUGGAGGAAGUGUGCUGUGGGGUUGAGAAUUUGAACAAUUAUAAUAAGAUUAAUGGUGUUCUUCCCAUGGAUAUUCUUUAUAUAAUGUUGGAAAAAGAUCUCAGUUGCAAGUUGGUUUUGAAUGGUACAUGGGAUUUGGGUUGGAUAAAUGGAUUUUCUGUUGAUGAAGCUGACCAAAUUGUAGGUGAAUUGGAGAAGCAAGUUUUAGAUGGACUUGUUCAGGAGGUUAUUUUAGAUCUUACAUCUUAGUAUUUUGUACCUUCUUUGUUCUUUUCCUUUUCAUUUCUUUUUUUUUCCUUUAGUUAGUUUUUUUUGUUUUUUUUUUUUUUGGGGGGGGGGGGUGAAGGAAGCAGUUUACUUAUAAAACCCUGAGCCUAUAAAUUGAUGGGCAUGUGGAGGAAACAGUUAGUAGCUGGAGCUUCUAUUUCCUGUACAUAGAGGUUACUUCAGUCAAUACAACAGAAAGAAUUGAGAACAGGCUUAGCCUAAAUGUAUUAGUCAUUGUAAAGACAAUGAUGAACACUCUAAAGAAUACUUUGAUGAAUGCCAGCACUCAGGAAAAUAGUAUUAUUCAAGGGUUGAUCUGUUCUAACA